AUGCCAGAAAUGAAGAUGUACUGGUCCGAACAUGCCGUUUUUGGAGGAUCUUUCUUAAAAAAAAUAAUGGCAAGGAACAGGUUCGACAAAAUAACACAGUACCUGCAUGCAAAUGAUGGAACAAAGAUGCCAGGUAAAGAAGAUGAGAACUAUGACAAACUCUAUCUCGUUAGGCCUAUUUUGGAAAUUGUGAGGGGCAACUGUUUAAAAAACUACAACCCGCACAUGGAAUGUGCUGUCGAUGAAGCCAUGAUUGCAUUCAGAGGAAGGCUUGAUUUCCAACAAUCAAAUGUAAAGGGGCUCCCUUUCGAUCUUGACUCGAAGAAAAAGGUGAACAACCUCAUAAAGGAUGGCGGAGAUUCCAAGCAAUUCCAAAAUGAUGGGAUUCUUGUUUCUGCUUGGCGCGAGAAGAAGGGGCGCAAGCCAGUUCUGGUUGUAUCAACAAAUACCGAUCCAAGCGAGGGCCCAACUACUAUCAAUCGGCGUCAAAAAGAUGGGACCAUGAAGGAAGUUCCUUGCGUUUGGCCAAUUCAUGAAUACAACAACUUCAUGAAUGCCGUUGACAACAGCAAUCAGCUUCGCAAACUAUAUCCUACAGCCCGUUCAACGAAGCGCUGGUGGCUUUAUAUUAUGUGGUUUCUGUAUGAUAUUAGCCUGGCAAAUGCUUUCAUUUGUUUUAAGGAAUCAGAAAACCACAAAAAGAUCAACUCAAAAGGCAUUGCCGUAGCCCCAAGUGUCUUGUCGUUCAAGAAGGCAAUUGCAAAGUACCUCCUUGAAGGCCAAAACUAUCGCAAGCGAAAGGCCUCCAAGGGAGGACUUUCUGAUCAUGGACACUGGCCAAAAAAAGUGAAGACUGCCAGAAGAUGCAAAAACUGCAUUGCUGAGAAGAAACGGGCUGAAUCAAGGAUCGUUUGCGACGGGUGCAGCAACGAUGAUUCUGUCCAUCUUUGCAUUGACUGUUUUAGGCCUUUCCACGAAAAGAACAAUUAA